CUUUUGUUCUCGUCGCCAUCCUUUUCGAAAUGUCGACGACAUUGACCUUGCUUCUGUACCACCACGUUCACCCAAGAUCUUCUCUGCGCUAUGUUAUUCUCAGAGCAACCCCAGACUCAAGAUCACACCUCUAACUACCAAUCCGUCGAACGGCCGAUGUCCGAGCUCAACCCACCGCCACACUCACAGUCUCGUCGGCAGUCGAGCUGGACGAUACUCGAUUUUGGGCCAGACGAAACCACUAACCGCGAGGCAGCCGUCAUUGCUCGACCUGCAAAGUCCGGGCUGCUUCAUCGCUUCGCGCAGUUCUGCUUCGACCUGCGGACACUAGGCCGCCGCCAGGAGCGGGAGCCUGACGUCCUACCUACUCAGCGACCGAAGCUUGAACCAUGGCCACCUCUUCACGUUGAGAAGCGAACCGCGCCGUGCUGCGAGCACUGCGCGAAGCGGAGGAAGCGACGGUGGCGGGACAGGAUCGUGCUAGUUGCCCUCAUCAUCCUGCUCCUCUAUCUGCUCGGCAACACCAUUGCGCUGGACGUUAUGAAUUACAGCACCGGAGGGACGUCUGAAUCUACGUCCAGCUCAGCGUCUCUGUCGGCGAAUCAAGAGUUGUGCCUCGCCGAGUUCGAGAUCAACGCGCCGGCGAACGCGUCGCUGUACCCGUGUUCGACAUGCCUCGCGACGCUGCAGAGUGUCUCAUUCGACUUCCUGCAGACGCACGCCGGCGAUGCGACACAGAUUCAGAACGCCAUACAGUUCUGCGCGCUCAGGAGUGUGUUUGUCGAGGCGGACGGCGACGGGCAGAGCAGCUUGGGCAAUGGUGGCUGGAUGCAGAACACGGACGUGUGCGGGUGGUCUGGCGUGGAGUGCGAUGGAGAUGGUCGGGUGUCUUCUCUGGAGCUAAGCACACCAGGCAUACCCACUAUCAUCCCCGACCAGCUCGGGGCCCUUACGACCCUGCAAACCUUGCAGGUGAUUGGUGACAAUGAGCAUCCUGCCGGCUCACUACCCGCCUCCUUCACGAACAUGACCUCUUUGACGACGGUCGAGUUCCAAGCGACGGGUCUCACGAGCCUCCCGGACAGCCUCUUCGACUCGCUGAGGAGUGUGACGUCCCUCACCCUCGAGAAGAACGCGCAAAUGUCUUCGACGCUGCCGUCGAGUGUCUCGAAGCUAUCUAUUCAAGACUUGGUGGUCACUAACCAAGCACUCACCAACCCGCUCACCACUCUCUUCAACAGUUCCACCAUUCAGUCGUCGCUGAAGUUGCUGGACUUCUCCACGACGAACAUGACAGGGUCGAUCCCUUCCUCUCUUUCCUCCCUCACCGCGCUCGUUGAGCUGCACCUCGACCAUAAUGACCUCACGAAUCCGCUUCCUACCUCAUUCCCAUCUACACUACAGAUUCUCAACCUCGCAAACAACACGGGCCUGAGCGGGUCCGUGGAUGGGUCAUUCUGCGCGCUGGGCGCGCUCCAGCAGUGUGAUGUAACUGGCACUGGCUUGAAAGCUGCGAGCAGCUGUGGUGUAUGUCAGUUUUCGUGAUCACGUACUCGACUGCUAUGGACUUCGGACUCGAUGGACCACUUGCCUUGUUGACUAGUGUAGCCUUAGCAUGUUUGCUCCGCUUAUUGUACUCAUUCGCUUUGUUUCUGUACUCAAACCGCGCAUGCGCCUUAAUGAAUGUCAUGACUUCACGAUGCUCACCCCUUA